AUGGCGACACUUGGAGUCAUUGCAUUGCUGUGUGCGAGCGUUGCGUUGACGCAUGCCUAUAACGCACGGCACGAGGUGCGCAAGUUUCCGGAUGGGUUCCUGUUCGGAACUGCCACCGCCUCCUACCAGGUGGAGGGCGCCUGGGAUGCUGACGGUAAAGGCGAAAAUAUAUGGGACCGCAUAACGCAUACCAAUCCAGAUCACAUCAUGGACAAAUCCAACGGAGACAUCGCUGACAACUCGUACUAUCUCUACAGGAGAGACGUGCAGAUGAUGAGGGAAUUGGGACUGGACUUAUACAGAUCCUCUAUAUCAUGGACGAGGAUCCUUCCAUCCGGUUUCCCCGACAAGAUCAACGAAGCCGGCGUACAGUACUACAACAAUCUGAUAGACGAACUUCUCAAAUACAACAUUCAGCCAAUGAUGACGCUCUACCACUGGGAUUUGCCGCAGAAACUGCAAGAUCUAGGCGGAUGGGCCAAUCCAGAAAUCGUGACCUGGUAUGCAGACUAUUCCAGGGUCGUAUUCAAGCUUUUUGGUGACAGAGUGAAGUACUUCAUCACGAUAAAUGAACCGUACCUCGUUUGCAAUAGUGGGUACGGUGGAGAUAAGCUAGCACCUGCACUGAACAGUACGGGGAUUGGAGAGUAUAUGUGUGCGAAGCAUCUAUUGCUGGCUCACGCAAAAGCUUACCACAUUUAUGAUGAUGAGUUCAGACCUAGCCAGAAGGGGAAGAUAUUCAUAUCGUUCAGUGCGCAGUGGUAUGAGCCAAUCAGUGACAGUGCGGCAGAUGUGGAAGCAGCACACGAUGCUAAUCAGUUUGAAUGGGCACAAUACAGUUGGCCGAUUUAUUCCGAAACCGGAGACUUUCCCCCAGAGAUGAAGAAGAGGAUAGCAGCCAGGAGUGCGGAGCAGGGCUUCCCAAGGUCCAGGCUACCGGAAUUCAGCCCCGAGGAAAUUGAGCUCGUCAAAGGAACUUCAGACUUCUUCGGCCUUAACCAUUAUACGACGAACCAAAUUUAUAGGAACGCAAGUGUUCCGCAGUUCAAUGUACCUUCGAUUGAGGAUGACCUAGGCGUCGGCAGCUACACGCCGAUUGAGUGGCAGCUGAGUGAAACCAGUAAAACUAAGUACGUGGCAUGGGGUUUCACCAAACUCCUGAACCGCAUCAAGGACGCCUACAAAAACCCCCCCGUGUUCAUCACAGAGAAUGGCAUAGGAACACGCGAUGGUAUGAACCUGAUAGAUGACGACAGAGUGACGUACUACAGGGGGUACCUGGAUGCGCUCCUGGAUGCACUGGAGGAUGGCUGUGACGUCAGAGGAUAUACCGCCUGGAGUCUGAUGGACAACUUUGAAUGGACUGACGGAUAUACGACACGUUUCGGUCUGUACGAGGUGAACUAUGACAGCAUCUACCGAACCCGCACCCCGCGCAAGAGCGCCUACGUGUACCGCGAGUUGCUGCGCUCGCGUAGUCUCGACCACCACUACGAGCCCGACCUGACGCAGCCGCUCACCAUUGCUCCCGGACACUGACGUCAUGAUACACUGACUUAUAGAAUAUAAUAUAAAACAUU